AUGGAAGCAAGCCACAUCUUGAUCAAGAGGGUCAAGCUUUGUGGGCUGAAGAGUUUGAAGGAAGACACCAAGAAGUUCAUCACUUGCAUGCUGGUUGCUUUGCAAAUGCAGCUUGUGAAGACAGUGCCCCCCAAGCAUGAGAUGUACAAAUUGGCACAAUCAGUGUCCAACACUUUUGGGGCCAUUGUUGUGGAGCCUUUGUUUGGUGGCUUGUGCCAGUACCCACCAAGCCCCUUUGAGUUGGGAGAGGCAUUCCUUGCAGCUGUCUACAGCCCUGAUGACCUACCUUUGACACAAGCACCUGAGAAUAUUGUUUCCUGUGCAAUUUGCAUUGGCAAACAAAUCAAAAUCAGAGGCAGCUCCAAAGAGCUACAUGCUCCAGUGGUAGCAUCAGGCAGUAGCCAAGAUUCUGUGGCAGCCAGCAUGGGCAAUCACAUGGGGCACAUGAUGGCCAUGGGCAACCACUUUAUGUCACUUGUCUGUGACAAGGCAAAGGCUUUGGAUCAGCUUUUGGCUUUGAAGAUGGGUGAUCAUGAGCAACCAGUGCUUUUGAAGAGUGCCAGUAGCAGCACUUCUGCCAGUGAUGGUGUGGCAGGCUUGCUGAGUCAGAGGGCUUUACCUUCAGCAGCAGAACCUGCUGCAUUGCCUUUGCCUGCACCAACCGCCUCUGCAGAAGCAACACCUGAAGAUGACAGCAAGGCAAAUGAUGUCAGCAAGGGGGGGCCCAGCAAGACCUUGGAGGAGUAUGAACUUCAAGCACACCAAAGCCUCUCUAAAAGGAAGGCCAAGAGCUUGGACAAGUGCCUCAAGAGACCAGCUGCUUGCAAAGCAAAGCCUGGACCUCAGCCCAAGGCAAAAGCCAAGCUCCCACCUUCCUCUGCCAGCAAAAAAUCCCUUGUGAAGAAGGGCAUCUUUGGAUGCCUUAGGUGUCGUGGAAACAGCAAAGGAUGUAGCACCUGCUGGAACCCAGAUUUCCAGGGUUUGCGUUUUUCUUCCAGGGAGGAGUGGGUUUACUGGAAGCAGCAGCAGGAGCAUGGCAAGUGA